GUCUCACAAAUACAAUAUACAGGUCAGCACGGACAGGCGCACACAGUGAGAGAAGCGCAGAUAAACUUCUGAUCUCCUCUCAGGCUUCGUCACGCAUGUUCAACAGAGUGGACUUGUUGUUGUUGUUUUAAGUUUAUUGUGGGAGGUGAAUUAAAAAAAGCAAAGAUAGACUGCAGUAAAUACAAUGUUAGGCGAACGGGAAGUCAUCACGGUGGCCUUCGGCAACUACAGCUCCCUCGUGGCGGCGCAGUGGGCCAACGGCACCUCGCACUACGACGCGCACCACCACACGUUGUACCGCGAGUGCAGAACAACUGACGUGCUCGGGGGCAGCGGAGGAGGCGGCGACGACGGCAGCAGCAGCAGCAGCAGCUCCGUACAUCCACGGACGCACGUCCCCCGUCUGCUGCUGCUGGACGCGCCGUACUCAGCCACCUUCGAUGACGUCGCGGCGUGGGAGGCGAAGUACGACCACGACGACGAAGAGCAAGAGCAGCAGCAGGAGAGGGAUGAUGCCAGGACUCAGAACGGCCCACGGUACAUCGAUACGACAAGCUCCGCAGCUUCGGUGCUGUGGGGUGGGUCAGCAAGUGCCUCUGCUGCUGCCGCAAGCGCGCAAUUGAAAAGCCAAAAGGGAGAUAAGGCGGCACGGCGGCUGGACGGCGUAGUGGAGGCGGUGCGCCGGCACAUGUGGGCACAGCACGGUCUCGACGUAGAUGAAGAGGACGACGACGACGAUGACGAAGGGACAAGCGACGACGACGACGAAGGAGAAGAGCGCAACUACGCGAGACUGCGUCGCGAGCUUGGUAUUGCGCCGUAUGGAGGCACCGAUAGUACUCCGCAACGUCAUCGCAGGGAUGACGCGGCGGAGCAGGCCGGAGAGGCGGCGGAGGAAGACACCGCACACCACAACACUCCCCAUCCGAAGAGUCUCACAAAACAGCAGAAACUGACGAAGCUGAAGAAGAAGCUAUUUGACACGCACAACACGACCAUUCCGUGGUGGCAGUACAUCACCACAGGACUGGGGGCACACAGUGUAACGUCCGUCAAGCCCCUUCAGCACGUCGACGCAACGGGCGACAUCCCUGCACUGCACAGCUUCGGCUACGGCAUAGCGCACCUCCACACCGACAAGAGAGAGGAAGUGGCUGCGUUGAGUGACGCCAUGCGGACGCAGUUAGAGGCCGCCGACCAGCUUCAAGGCGUGCAGUGCUUCACGGACGGCGAUGGCAUGUUUGGCGGGGCCGCGGCAAACGUGCUGGAGCGCUUUUGGGAUGAUGCGGGGGCCAAGACGCCGGUCGUGAACACCUGCCUCUUCACACCGCUCCCGAGUUGGAUCACAGACCGGCAGAACAGCAGCAGGGUCGCCUUCCGCGAGCGGCGAAUCGAUGAGGUAGCACUCAAUCGCCUCCUGGCUACUCUGCACCUGUCUCAGCACACGUCCGCCGUAUACAUUCCGAUUCCACUCGCGCAGUGGGGUGAGUUCUUCCGUGGCACGACCACCGCUGGCUCACCGGCUGGCCGUCCGACGUGGCUGGAGGAUGAAAGAGCCACCGCGCAGUACGUGGCUGCUGUAAUGGACACAGCUCUCUACGGCGUGCGUGACGGCAACUGUGCGAACGUGCCACAGAGUAAACGAGGACGAGACAGCGGGAAGGAUGCCCAUGACGACGCUGUGUUGCGCACGCAGGGCCCGAUGUACUACAUGGACGACUGGUGCAGCGUGGUGCGUCCCGCGCCGGGCCUGCGGGUCGCCGCGGCGAUGGGCGCCCUCCCGCAAUCCAUCGCACAGUCCAGCGAGUUGUGGAAGUUCCUCGAAGCGAACCCGCUGCUGCCCGACGCGCCAGUCAUCGACGAGCGCAUGUCCUCCACGAAAGCGGCGGAAGAAGAAAGCACCCGCAGCACUGCGUCCCUCAAGACCGGUUUUGUGCCACUGACCCACGCCAUGUCCACCUACGCCCCGCUGAGCAGCGCUGGUCAGGUGUUGGGUCAUGCCGUGACUUUGCGCGGUGCCGGGGUGCUGCCGUCCGCCGUGUACCCGCCCCGGGAGGCGAUGCUGCGCUACGCCUUGCCGCUAGGCACCGCCACCUACUUGCCGCUCGUGACGGAGUCCAACUACCCCCUCUCUAAUACCUUUCCGAUGGAGCUGCUGUUUGCCGACCCGGCCGCUACGGCGCGUCAACUGCCGCGCGGCUGCGGCUCCCUGCGCAGCACUCUGAAGAGCGUGGACGUGGGCGCGCACGUGCUGAGUACCUACGCCUCCGCCCCGAUGCUGCGUGAGGUGGUGGAGCAGGCGAAGGCCGCCCUGCGCUACAAGAUGGAUCGUUACUGUGUCGCGUACGAGAUGGAGAAGGACGAGUGGCGGGAGUUGCUGGAUGAGGGACUGGCGGUAUACGACGACUACCACCAUGCCGCACCAUCGGAUGCCGAAGGCAGCGAAGACGACGAGACCAAUUAA